AAAGUUACAUACAUGUACACAGAUUCAAAGGCAUUGCAAAUUUUGUUGAUAAUUUGUCACAGUGGCACAACUUCUUUUUAGUUGUGUUUUCAUACUUUGUGAAGCAAUUACAAAAUCAGGAAUUAAGAUAGUUUACAUUAACUUAGAAAGGAUAAUAGGACAUAAAAGGCACUGAAAGGCUGUUCUUAAACAUAUAAAAGGGAAUGUAAUAUGGAUUUUUACUAUAGUUGAAAAAUUCCAUGUUGUCAUAUGUGGGACAGGGCAUUAAAUUGUGUAAACAUAUGGUAAAUGAUUGCUGAGGUUGCCGUGAUAUCCUAAGCGUACCAUACUUUUAAAAAAGUAGGCAGGGUUUUCAGUCUUUAACCAGAAAUGGUGUCACAUGACCAAAAUAGAGCAGUUUUCCAACAGACCAAUAGGGUCCAAAUUUUCCCGCUUUGGAGUGAAUUUAAAAAGACAUUAAUGUGAUAACUAUACUAUCCUAAAUCCCACAGAUGGAUACAUUUGACUGGGUGAUGAAGGUUUGAUUUUUUGGGGGGGUAUAUAUACUGUAUGCUUUGUUAUUUGUCCCCAGCUUGGCUAAGGAGCCCCUUGGUGAAACUGAAAACUGUAGUUGAUCAUUAACUGGCCAGUCAGAUUUACCACGUUCAGUCAUGCUGUCAUGUAGCACUUCCUACUAAGAACUGCGCGGAAACAGACUGAAACCAUGUCUAUCUGCAAAAACAUACAUUUAAGGUCUGGCCUCUUGUCAGAGAGCAAAGGGCUUCAAUGUCAGUUUUAUGCCACUUCAGAGCCAGCAGGGAAGCCAGGUCACCAACCUCACGUGAGUUGCAAUAAGGACUGCCCUCAGCACAGUCAGUCUUGUGCCCUCAGAGACUGGCACUGCCCAGUGUGCCUACAGACUGCCACCUUUCCAGUAGAGACUAACUGUGGGCAUCUUUUCUGUGCUCCGUGUCUUAUAGCCUACUGGAGACAUGGGACCUGGCUUGGUGCCAUCAACUGCCCUCUCUGCAGACAAAAAGUUAGUGUACUAUGCCAUCUAUUCAGUGAAAGCAGAACAGACCGAAAAGAAAAGCAAGUGAUGGGGGACAUUAGAGAGUACAACAAGCGUUAUUCUGGAGCACCAAGAAGGGUUGCAGAUUACCUGUACGACACGCCCCUGUUCCUGCACCUGCUCCUGCGCGCCAUGAGAAACAUGAGCGGUCUGGUGUGGCUCUUCUUCCUGCGGGUGGCGGUGUGCUGUUUCGGGGCAGCCAUGUCCCUCGCCUCCCCCCUCGAGGCCAUUCCGGAGCCCUCCUGCGGGGUCCUCGGGCUCCUGGAUGACCUCGUGGUGGUCUUCCUGCUGCUCAUGUCCGUCCUCAACAUCAAUCAACAGAUGGGGAGGGAGAGGACGGCCAUCGCUCAAACUGCCACUCGAGGUGUCCUCACAGAUUCACUUUAGCGUAGACACGGCGCAAGGCACUGCCGCUGCACAGUGCAAUGCCCAGGGCCCAAAAUCACGACCGUUUACAGCAACAACAGACCUGCAGCACGCAAGUCCUGUCAGGGAAUGGCUUCUCUUAACAGAUCAUUUUAUUAUGAUAAAAAUAAGCACUGAUUCAAACUAUGACCAGAAUUUAAAAAAUAAAAUAAAAUGGCGACACAAGUCCUCAAAUCCCCCUAAACAUUAUUUUAUAUUGAACUAAAUGGAUGGCAUGCAAAUGACUUACCUUCAGAUAAACACAAUCAUUAAAUUAUCUAUUAAAGCUGCUUCUUUUAUUUCUGUUUAAUAUUCCCUCACACUGGCAAUAGAUUUACAAGGAAGCACUGUACAUAUGUGUACUGUACAGUACAGUAUUUGAUGUUCAGAUUCUGUGUUUGUGUAAAUAUAAAUAUAAUAAAUAUAUUUAUUAUUCUGA